AUGGAUGCUAUCAACAGCAACAUUUCUAAUGAUUUCUUCACAACACCGAAUAGUAUCUCCGUUAUGUCCAACGUGACAGGUCUGCAACCGUCAACAUCUUAUAUUAUUGAGAUUGAACCAUGCUUGACCACUCCGUCAACUUGCUACAGCCAAUAUGCCACUAGCACAAAUGCAACCACUGGAGGUCUAUCCGGAUUUGUUACAAAACCAAGUCUGAAGAUGACUUUUGAUGGGUCUUGCAAUGUAUCUUGGUCAACAGUAAUGAAUGUGGCAUAUAUAUCCGGUUUCAAGCUCGUUAUCAGCUCAACAAAAGCAAUAGUGUCGUCAUACUAUAAAGAUGAUUUCAAAACAAAUGAAAUAUUUCUGCCAUCUGAGAAAACCUCAUAUGUUCUUCCAAAAGUUUUCAAUAGAAAAUACAAUGUCUCUAUUCAAGCUAAAACUUGUGCAGGGUUUGGACCAGGAACAAAGGCGGUUGGGGAAUGUGUUACUGAUACUAAUGCGCCAUCCAACAUUCAAGCGCCUACGGCCAAUGAUGAAAUAACAAAUGAUGGAAAUUUGAAAUUUUCCAUCAACGUUCCAGACGAAGCAAAUGGUCCUAUAAGUUGUUACUUUAUCGUCGUUCAAGUCAACGGGGGAAGUAAACAAUUGACGGAUUUCAACAAUGCAAAAAUGAUCAAAAUGAAUAACUCGGAAAUUAAAGAUGAAUAUAUUGCAAUAGCUUUGAACAGAACUAGCGUUGGACAAAACCAUCCAGAAAUAAGUCUGUUUCUUGGAGAUCAAGUUAAAACAAGGUGUGACAUUAGCGGCAAAAACAACAGUGAUAAAGAGUAUAAUUCAAAAUAUACGUAUGCUGCUUAUAACAAUAGAUUGUCACUCAAAGAAACUUACAGAAUAUUUCUUGUAACCUCUACACCAACUAAGGAAGGUGUUUCAUUCCGUGCUAGUGACGCACUCGUGAUUGGGAAACCGUUUACAGUUGAAGAAGAAGAAAUAUCAAGCACAAAUGUUCCACUGCGUAAUUUUGAAGAUCAUUACAGGAAUCUAUUUCAUAAUGAUAAAGCAUUGUUUCACGAACAGUUUAAGAGAAUAAAGAUCGAAUCAAAAGCAAAUGUGAAAAGUACAACGUUUGCAUCUACUCUCGAAUUAAAAAGGAAAAAUAGAUAUAAAAACAUAUUACCAUAUGACGAAACUCGUGUUUCGAUCAAAGCUAAUGACACCGGAUACAUCAAUGCAUGUUACGUUAAUGGUUAUGCUAAAUCACGUAAAUACAUCGCAACUCAAGGUCCUUUACCAACAACUGUUGAUGAUUUUUGGUUGAUGAUCGUUGAGCAGGAAUGUAAAGUCAUUGUUAUGCUGGCAAAAUGUUUUGAAGCAGGAAAAAAAAAAUGUCAAAAAUACUGGCCAGAUUAUGGAAUUACUUCUAGUUUCGGAGUAGUUAAGGUUUUCAACUCGGAAGAAGUAAAGUAUUCCGGCUUUAUACGAAGAAGAUUUCAAGUAGAAACAAAUGAUGGGAAUAUAGCAAUGGAAGUAUUGCAAUACCAAUAUGUGAACUGGCCCGACCAUGACAUACCAUUCACAACGUCUAAUCUUGUGAGAAUGCAUAAAGUUGUGAUGCAAUGCCAAGGAGAGUUUGGAGAUGAUGCGCCGAUGAUCGUGCAUUGCAGUGCUGGCGCUGGAAGGACGGGAACAUUUAUAGGAUACGACUAUUUGCUCGAAGAAGGAAGAGAUACAGGAAAUGUUGAUGUAUUACAAUGCGUAUUGAAGAUGAGAUCCCAACGUGUCGACAUGAUACAAAAUUGCGAUCAAUACAUACUUUUACACAAGUUGAUUCUGGAAAACUACCUGUUUAAGAAUACUGAUUAUAAUGCACAGGAUAUUGGGCACAAAUUUCAAGAAAUAACAAGCCAUGAAAAACGAAGAGAGUUUCGUGAUGAAUUUGAGAAAUUGUCAAUAUUAGAACCUUUGAAAUGUUCUAAACUGAUUGGAAGACGUUAUGAAAAUAGAAGAUACAAUAUAUCAGACGAUGUGAUUCCUUACGAUCAUAAUGCAGUUGUUUUGAUAAUGUGCAACAAUGAAGCAAGUGUGCCAUAUGUAAAUUCAUCGUGGAUAGAGACGUACGAUGAAAGCACAAGUAUGAUUGCAGCACAAGCACCGAUGAACGAAGGAAUUCCAUUCUUUUGGAGAUCUGUACUGGAUAACAGAGUUAAUACUAUUAUCAUGCUAGCUUGUGUUGAGGAGUGCAUUCAGUAUUGGCCACAUGAUGUUCGGGCUACGUUGAGCAUGGAAAACGUUUCUGUUACUUUGAUGGAAGAAAAUAUAAAUGGAUCAAUAUCUCGUAGAAUUUUUAAAGUGUUCAGAGGAAGCCAACAGACUCAUGUUACUCAAAUACAAUAUUCUGGCUGGAGCAAUGAACAAUGUCCAGAAGAUGGAAGCAUUGUAUUGGAUAUUAUUGGGGAGAUGCAGAGAAAUGCAAGAAGUGUGCAGGAAUCAGCUUGUCUUAUCCACUGCACCGACGGAGCUGGACGCACUGGAGUAUUUUGCGCACUUGCAAAUUUGAUAGAGAGAUUGAAACACGAGAAUAAAGUUGAUAUUUUCCGAGCAGUGAAGGAUUUGCGUGAUUGCAGACAAGGAAUGGUUCAGACUUUGGUAAAUUCUUCUACAUGA